CUGACCAACCACAGUCCAGCCCGACUUUUCCCUUGCAAACCUCGAACUCGAAAAAGCAAAAGAAAGGCAUUCGAACAUCAACAGCAUCUGGCUUCGAAAAACCAACCAACACCACGCCCCUCCCCCACCAGCCUUCCCCCAGUUGCUCUCAAUUGCCCUCCGUCCUACCCAAAGAUGGGUUUCGUCGACAUGUUCACCGAUCUAAUUAGCUCGCUGCCCUUCGCGGAGGCGCAGGCCGAAGCACCACCAGCCGAGGAGCCGACUGCUGCGGACGCACCGGAGGAGAAGGAAGAGGAGCCCGAGGAGGAAGAAGAAGAGGAGGAAGUUGAAGAUAUUAAACCUAAGUUGGAGGAGGAAUGCGCCAACUCUGCCAAAUGCGCGCCUGCAAAGCACCACUUUGAUGAGUGCGUCGAGCGAGUCACCCGCAACAGCGAAGAUCCCGAUUUCAAGGGUCCCCACGAGGACUGCGUUGAGGAGUUCUUCCAUCUCCAACACUGCGCAACCAAAUGCGCUGCCCCUAAGCUCUUCCGAGCUCUCAAAUAAGCACCCCCACCCCACCUUCACCAUCCGGAAGCCCUACCGUUACUGAUCAGAUACCGCGUCACCUUCCAACAUUUAAAACCACCCCCCUAGACCAGUUAUCCUAGUGGACAGUCAAAAAUUGAUAUGGAGAGGAAACGGGAAUUUCGGACAAAACCCGCUUGCGGUGUAGGCUUGGGUUUCGGAGGAUCAUCACCAUUUAAAAUAAAAUUAAUAAAGUAAAUAAAUAAACGAGAGACGAGAGACUUGGGCGGAGGAAGGAAGAACUCAAGCAACGGGGGAAGUGAAAAAAGGAUCUGAGUGACCAUUUUUUUUUACUUUUUCUAGUUAUUGCUUGAUAUCCCCCCGUCAUAUACAUACAACAUACUGUACCACCCACCCUCCCCCCAAAAAAAUCAUGAAUCGGCCCGCAUUGAAGAAAAAAAAUUCAUGUAUCAUUAUCCCCCACGCCCCCCUUGUUUUCCCUUUAAUCUGUACAGACCUACUUUAGAUAAACGUCAUUGUCCUCACCCCUUCCUAUUAUCCCAUCUAGAUUCAUAUAUCGUAUCUAUCUAACUUCCUUUAUUCCAAUGUGCCGUUUUCACGGGUUCCUAAUUAAUUCUUUUUCGGGUUGAGGACAAGAAAAUGGUUGGACGGUCUUCGUUUUUAUAGCCAUGGACGCACUCAUAUACCGAUAUUUGUGGCAUAAUUUCGUGCUUUGGUAAUAUAAUAAAUGCAAAAAUCUCCGCUGGAUAUUAAAAAACUAAACACUUCAAAAGGUAAAACAACUGACACAUGUAUGUACAUGCAGAUGUACACAACGUAAA